AAGACACAUACAAUGAGAUCAAUACGAAGGAGAUCCCCGUAUCGGCUGUUUACCAGCGCCUUCGUCCUGCUUCCCCUGCUGCUGCUGCUGCUGCUGCUCGACGCCAACCAUCUCGUACGCGCGCUCCGCUGUGACCGCUCGCCCGAAGGUUCCGGUGCCAACAAAUCGCCCGCCGAUGGACGCUUCCGGCUGCGCAUAUCGGGCAACCCGGAGAAGUACGUGCCGGGCGAAUCGUACACCAUAAGUCUCGUUGGCAUUCGGUCGAUGCAGGUGCCGCACAAGUUCUCCGGCUUUUUCCUCGCGGCAGAGAAGGACUUUUCGCUGGUGCGCGGUGAUGCGCCACCGUCCGGUGUGCAUAAUGUCGGUACGUUCCAGCUGUCCGGUGAUGCACUGACCAAGUUUAGCGAACGCUGCCCGAACGCGGUCACACAGACGAACUCGCUGCCGAAGAGCGAGAUCCAGGUGAACUGGGUAGCGCCACCGGCCGGCAGCGGUUGCAUUGCGAUACGGGCGACGGUGGUCGAACAUCGGGACGUUUGGUACAUGGAUGAUGGGCCGCUGAGUAAGAUCUUCUGCGAGGAUGAGGCGGACUCGGUGGACACGCAGCCGCCGGUGCUGAAGGAAUGCUGCGCCUGCGACGAGGCCAAGUACGAGCUGACGUUCGAAGGGCUCUGGUCGCGACAUACGCAUCCGAAAGAUUUCCCUUCCAAUGGGUGGCUAACGCGAUUCAGCGAUGUGAUCGGAGCAUCCCAUACGGUGGACUAUCGGUUCUGGGAGUACGGGCAGGUGGCCAGCGAGGGAUUGAAGCAGGUGGCCGAGCACGGUUCCACACGGAUGCUGGAAAGUGAGCUUAAAAAUCAGAGCGACAAAAUCCGUACAAUAAUUAAAGCACGCGGCAUAUCGUAUCCGAAUGUGACCGGGAAAACGUUCGCCGUGUUCCGCGUCGAUUCCAACCACCAUCUCGUGUCGAUUGUGUCGAUGCUCGAUCCAUCGCCCGACUGGAUCGUCGGCGUGUCCGGGCUGGAGCUGUGUCUUACCAACUGCUCCUGGAUCGAGAACAAAAUACUCAACCUCUACCCGUGGGAUGCCGGCACGGACAGCGGUCCGACCUACAUCUCGCCCGAUCAACCGACAAAUCCGCCGGAAGUGAUCCGUCGCAUUAAGUCCAACUACCCGAACGAUCCGCGCUCGCCGUUCUACGAUCCGUCCGGCACGGAGAUGAAACCGCUCGCCCGGAUCUAUCUGUCCCGGCAGCGGCUGUACGAGAAGAACUGCGAUGCGGACAACGAGGAGGAGAACGAAACGAAGCAGGCGUGCGAAACGGAACCGUGGUCCGACUGGACGGAUUGUAGCUCGCGGUGCGGCAAGGGCAAGCAGACACGGCGCCGCAUCUACAAGCAUCCGAUGAAGGCGAAGCAAGCGGAAUGCAAGAAGAAGCUGUUCGACAGACGGCCGUGUGUCGGGACGGAUCGGGACUGCGAUUACAACAGCCAGGAGAUAGAGGAGGCGUACCAGAGCGAUCCGGAGUGUGAGGUGACCGAAUGGGGGCCGUGGAGCGAGUGUAGCUCACCGUGCGGCAAGGGCAAUAAGACGCGUUCGCGCAAGUACAAGAAGAAGGGCGCCCGGAAGAAGUGUGAACGGCUGCCCAAUCCACCGAUGCUCCAGCAGACCGUAUCGUGCGAUGAGGACUGCGGUGGUGACAUAUCCCAACCCGUGCUAAGCUCGGACAUCAACCCCAAGUGCAAAAUGACGCAGUGGUCCGAGUGGAGUCCGUGCAGUGUGACGUGUGGGUUGGGUCGCAAAAUGCGUACCCGAAUGCCCAUCAACAAGAACAUGCGGGUGCAUCAUAAGCGGUUCGUGAGCUACUACAUGACGCGCCGCCGGAUGACGGCCCUGGACGAGGAGGAGGACAGCGAGGAGGAGGACGGCGGUGAGGAUAACGAUCUGCACAUUACGGACCAGAACGACCCGUGCUACGGUGUGGAAACGGUUGAGGAAGUCACCUGCGGACACGAUUUGCCACCGUGCGACGGACUGUACGGGGUGCCAGAGCUUUGCUUCUUGGAACCGAAACCGGGCAAUUGCCGCGACUCGCAGACCCGCUGGUACUUCGAUAGCGAUAAGAACGACUGUUCGAUACUGUUCUUCACCGGAUGUGGCGGCAACAAUAACAACUUUAUGUCGCGCGAGGACUGUCUCGAUACGUGCAGUAAAGACCGUAAAUUUACCAACAUUCCGAUACGGGACCAGAUCAGCACGAACAGUGCUAGCGGUUCCGACUACGGUACGGAUCUGAAGCAGGACUGCAAGACGUCCCACUGGAAGCGUGGGCCCUGCAAUGCCACCUGCGGCGAAGGUUCGCGCGUUAAGAGCCGCACCAUACUGGUGCAUCCCUCGAACGGUGGCCAACGGUGUCCCCGGAAGCUGCGCAAGGUCGAGCGGUGUUUCGUGCACUGCGACUCAUCGCGCCACGACACGAAUCCCUCGUGGGGCCCUAGCACCCGGUACGAGCCGGAACCGAUCGAGUGCGAGUACUCGGCCUGGUCGGCGUGGUCACCGUGCAGCAAGACCUGCGGCGACUAUGCCGUACAGCAGCGCACCCGGUACGUGCUCAAUCCCGAGAAUGCCCGGUUCUGUCCGCACCGGCUCGAGGAGCGGAAAUGUGAUAUCAUGCCUUGCCUGUUGGGCAAAUAGAUCUGGGUGGCGGUCAGCAGUGGCCGUGCGUGAAAAGCGCGCGACCCAUGUGUCCAGUGCGAUGAUGCAAAAAGGAAGAACAAAAAAAAAACACACGCCCUCUUGGUGGACAGUCGUCCGCCAGUUAGAUUUAUUUCCGUUCACUCCGUGUGUGUACUGUGUGUGAGUGUGUGAGAGUGUAGAGUUUGUGUACCGUGUCGGUUAGAAUGUGUCGGAAAAGUAGAAGAACAAAAAAAAAAGGAGUGCACACACAUGCGACAGGAAGCAAACAAAAAUGGUUGCUCCUGUUGCAGGGUUUUGUACUUCCCGACCUAUAUCUCAUCGAUUGUAUCGAUAUUUUAUGUGUACCAAUAUACGAUUUUUUUGCACCUUUAUUUCCCCCAUUUUGUUCCGCACCAUUUUUUUUUGUUGGCGUUGUCGGAUCCAAAUCCGACAUUGAUGAAUGAAGCCCAGUUGUGGGUGUGAGUGUGUGUUUCGUUGUGGUUCUUGUUGGACGUGAUGAGAAAGUUGAAGAUAUCUCCGAUUUCCUGUGUUGCAAGGUAACAAAACUCAACAUAAAUCCAACCCACAGGCGUUUUGGUAGUGAGGAGAAUGUACGGUGUGACACUAGGUUGUAGAGUGUGAAGGAUUAAACGCAGAACGAAAACAGAAUUUAGACAUCCAAGCAGUCCAAGCAAAAAUCGCCACGCAACCGAACGCACUGACAGAGUACUUUCAAGCUAGUAGAGAGAUUGUAAGUCACGAUCCCGUGACGACGAUUGCACCGUGUUUGCAUUUUAACAGCGCUAAGCACAGGUGCACAGUGAGCUGAAUGUGAGUUGUAUGUACGUUUCCACCGGAGAAGCAAAUGGGACAAGUGUGCAACGAGAAUGACAUAUAAAUAAAUGCAGACAUCAUGUAUCCUUCUAAUAAAUGAGCUCAAAUAAAUUGGAGUAC